CUAGACUGUCGGAGUCGACGAGACUGGAAUGACUCUAUGUCAGGCCUGCACUGCACAUCGAAUUCGUAUUUGUACCUCGAUUGACGCCUUGAGAUGGAGCGUGUGGAAACGGAGCGCCAAGCAUCUGCAGGAAGGGGACAUUCUUUGCUAGCGAAAUUACGGGCGAGCGUGGUCGUGACUUGCCCAACUACAUCGGCAGGAAAGGGCAACGGACAGCAGGAGGAACGACCUCGUGUCGAUCUUGUCUCUUCUCCGCAUGGCUUGGCAUUGUUUCUCCGCAUGCCUUGGGGUCAAUUAGAAGCAACUCGCUGUGAUCAGAAUGAUGCAGGCGAGAGACGAGGAGAGUAGCUAAGAACUUGCCAAAAUGCUAGCGGUCCUGUGCACCUCUGUAACGUCUCGCGACCUAUCUGUGCUGCUCCCGUGGACCGAGAGUAUGACGAGCUGCGUUGCGCAGCGAUGGAGUCUUCGCUGGAUUGAUGCACUGUAG